CGCAUGCAUAUAAAGCGGUUGGCGCAGUAUGCGUAGCAGCUUACAUCAUGGUUGAUCAAUACAUCAGUCGAUCACAAUGGGAAGAUAUUGUUGGAGAUGGUAGCUACUAUUCCUACGACAACUUUAGAAGAGCUGCCGCCAGGGAGAGAGAAAGUGGAUUUCUCCGUGUGGGGGGUACAAACGAACGAAAGCGUGAAUUGGCCGCUUUCCUUGCCAAUUGUGCACACGAGACCGGCAAUUUCUAUCACAUCACAGAAGUCAAUCGAAGCGGACAACCGUACGGAAGGUAUUAUGGUCGGGGACCCAUACAACUGACCUGGGAUUUCAAUUACGGGGCAUUCAGUGAACAUUACUACGGCAACCGAUCAACGUUACUGAACGAUCCAGACAGAGUGUCUGAAGACGGUGAGGUGGGGUUCGCUUCGGCUAUAUGGUUUUGGAUGACACAGCCCAAUUCAAACAAAUGUGCGCACACCAAUAUCUACCGCAGCACUUGUUCGCAUUCCAACUGGGGUUUCGGGCGAACCAUCAUGGCCAUAAACGGAGACCUCGAAGGUGGAGCGGUGGAGGGUGGGUCAAGAGAGAAGGAUAAACAGGUGACCAGCCGAAUACGAUACUAUCGCAGAUUUGCAGACAAGUUGGGCACCUCAGUCGGAAAUAACGGUGAGCAGCUGGACACACAUGGCAUGUAACACUUCAAAUAACGAUGGAUAUCGGCGAUUAUAGUAAAUUCGUUAUUCACCG